CAGCAGUUAAGACACCAUCAAAACAACAAAGUCUUCUUACUUCCUUGUUGUUGAGAUGCUCAGAGUCGCAUAAAGUUCGGGCUUCAGCAGUUUCAACAGGGCAAACGCUGCUGAUGAAGACCAUGUGAGACGGUCAAAAGCUCAGAAAAUGUGAGUUUACAUUAUUUUGAGUGUGAGUGUAUUAACAAAUAAAUAACACACGGAUGGUUUUGUUUUGUUUAUAUGUUUGUUUGUUUGUUUUUUAGCAUUUCUCCACCAAAAAUAGUGCAGAGAAGGUCUCUUUAUUCUGCUGACAAACCACAUACAACUGCAGAUUUACACGUAUAUUUAAAUAUGUAUAUUCAAUAUAUACAUACAUUUAGUCCAGUAUUUGGUACAAGUACAUUUUCCAGACUUUUAUGCAAGAAACAUUUUCACUGCAGGACUUUUACUUGUAUUUUCACAGUGUUGUAUUUAAGUAAACAAACUCCAACCCACACCUCCAGGUUGUGGUGACUUUCUAUUGAACUCUUGUAUUUGUUUAGUGUUUUUUUUUUUUUUUAAGACUUAACAAGGCUUCUCCAGAGCCAAAGAAGACGAGGAGCGAUCAUAAAACCACCUUCACCAUCAUAUUAAAUCAUCAACGAGCCCCAAACGUCACGCCUGCAGCUCCACCUAGAGGCAGAAUCAGGAAGUGCGCGCAUCAAAUCGGCGCAGCAGUGAAUCAGUCCUUCAGAAAAUGAUGUGGCAGCCUUCAGUGAUGAAAAACAACCCUCCUCACCGAGUCGUGACGAGGUAAACCGGCGGCUAGAGCUCCAGCAGAGGGAGAGAGGGAGAGAGGGAGAGACAGCACCAACAUCAGCACCACCACCACCACACCGUGCAGCACAGAGAGGCUGCCUCCUCAGAGACCAUCCCCGACGCCCACACUUCCGGACCGGAGCCUCUGGAGGCAGCUGGCUGGCUCGGGAUGCUGCUUGACAUGCAGGAUAAGACGACGACGACGACGACGACGACGUCUUCUCGGUGAAACGAUGCUGGUUUCGUUGCAUUAGAGCAGAGCUGAUCACGUCGCGGCUGCUAUUCGCUCAUCACUCAGAGGGGAUUCAGGCUUUAGCCGUACUGUCUGUCUGCUGUCAACUGUUGCUUAUUUCCACUGUAAAUGAAUCUUGUAAGGUUUAUGAACAACCGUGUUCCUCCUAACAAGAGAUACCAGCCCACAGAAUAUGAGCAUGCUGCCAACUGUGCCACGCAUGCGUUAUGGAUAAUCCCCAGCCUGCUGGGCAGCUCAGUGUUGCACUUCCAGUCGGAGGACCAAUGGGAGCGUCUGUCGGCCUGGGUGUACGGGGCGGGGCUCAGCUCGCUCUUCAUCAUCUCCACCCUGUUCCACACUGUGGCCUGGAAGAAGAGCCACCUACGGUCUGUGGAGCACUGUUUCCACAUGUGUGACAGGAUGGUGAUCUAUUUCUUCAUUGCUGCCUCCUACGCCCCGUGGCUGAACCUGCGGGAGCUGGGUCCCUGGGCGAGCCACAUGCGCUGGAUGGUGUGGGUCAUGGCCUCUUUUGGAACCACUUACGUCUUCUUCUUCCAUGAGAGGUAUAAGAUCAUGGAGCUGAUCUGCUAUACGGUGAUGGGAGUUUUCCCUGCCUUGGUCAUCCUCUCCAUGCCGGAGCAGUCGGGGCUGUGUGAGCUGCUGGUGGGCGGAGCCUGCUACUGUCUCGGGAUGGUCUUUUUCAAAAGUGAUGGCAUCGUCCCAUUCGCUCAUGCCAUUUGGCACCUGUUUGUAGCCAUGGGAGCAGCCAUACACUACUACGCCAUCUGGAAGUACCUCUAUGCCCAGCCACCCAAUCAGGUCCAGACCUCCAGAUGACAGCAGUGACCUCACAAGCUCCUGUGUGAGAGCAACGUCAAAGGGAUGAUGUGUGAGCUGUGACCCAGUUCAGGGGCUGCCUCCUUUGGAAAGCACAUACUGAACCUCCUGCCCAAAUAAGACAGCGUAGCCUCUCAGUAACAAAAGCUGAUGGUGCAUUCAGGUGAUCCUCCUCAACUCGUAAAGUCAAACUAGUUGCGCUGGGACAUCUGUAACAAGAGUCCACAGCCACGCUAGCUGCUCUGUGAGGCUCUGUUUGUUGAUGUUCGGGUGAUAUAAUGUUUCUUGAUAAGCACUAAACACAAAAUACACGAGAAGCUGAUGGGAAUGUCAUUGGCUUUGCAUCAAAGUUACAAAUCAUCAACAGGGAAAUUAAUGUCUGUACUGCCCCAUUUUUAUUUUUUGU